AUGUGCCAUAAGGGAGCCAAAUGCAAAUUCAGCCAUGAUUUGGCCGUCGAACAGAAGACACAGAAGAAGAAUCUAUACGUAGAUAGCCGAGAACUCAAACAAGAAGAAGAUAAUAUGGAGAAUUGGGACGAAACAAAAUUGAGUGAAGUUGUAAACAAAAAGCACGGAGAGGCGAAUAAGAAAUUGAAUCAAACAACUAUAGUCUGUAAAUACUUCCUUCAAGCAGUUGAAGAAAACAAGUACGGGUGGUUUUGGGAGUGCCCAAAUGGUGGCGACAAAUGCAUCUACCGGCAUUGUUUGCCUGAGGGAUACGUUUUGAAAAAGGAUCGGAAGAAGAUGGAGGAGCAAGAUAAAGAAAAUCAAAUUAGCUUAGAAGAGUUGAUUGAGAAAGAGGUAUCGUGCAUUCGUCGUUUCGCUGUCAAGAAUCGAGGACGCAGUGUUAUAGUUCGUGCUGCACAUUUAUUGUUUUACUUUCAGAGAGCAGCAUUGCAAGGGAAAAAUCUUACCAAAGUCACUCUUCAAUCCUUUGUUGCUUGGAAGAAACGAAAGUUGCGAGAAAAGAAACAAAAAGAAGAGGAAGAGGAGAAGGCGAAGAAAGACAAAAUCAAAGCCGGCAGAGCGGUCAGUCAGCUGUUUUGUUCAUUUACAAAAAUACCUUUUUCAUCUCCAGGUUGUUAUUUUUUUACUUCGUUCUACUUACAAUAUGAGCCUGCAUCUUGUUAUACUAAUUAGCA